CCACGUCAUACCCAAAGUAACACUACGUCAUCGUCUCGACAUGAUCGCGCUGCUACAUACAAAUUGGCUGAGACUUUUCGUCUCACUUGAACUCUUAAGACUUAUUUUCCAAGUCAAUUGUAUUUUUUUUAUUUCUUAUUUUCUUCAUUUUCUUGCUACUUGUUGAAUGAUAUAAAUUACGCCUACUAUUCUAACCACAAUGGCGGAGCAAGACCGCUUUGGCAGCUGGUUCGGCGGGAACAAAGCCGAUAAAGUCAAAGAGAAAGUCCAAGAAAAGGUAGAAAAAGUACAAGAAAACAUUUUCAAAGGUUCGGGCGCCGAGCAAGACAGAUAUGAGCAUUGGUUUGGCGGGCAUAAACUUCCCACCAGGGCAGAUAUCGAAAAGAUAUUACCUCGCGGAUCUGGAGCCGAGCAAGAUAGAUAUGAACGCAGGUUUGGCCGUCAUGAAGCUCAUUCAGAAGUAAACAAGCUUAAUGAGAGCUUACCGUCGCGUUCCGGUGCUGAGCAGGACCGCUACGGAGCCCAUUUCACACCUAAUGCCGCUGCCAGAAUCAGGUUUGGGGGUACGACGUCAACAGUUGGACUUCUCCAACACGCAGUAUUACCAUCUUUCGGCUUGCACACGGGAUUGAGUCUCGUCACGUACGGUUUAGCACGCUAUACCGACAGGGUCGAAGUUAAAGAUUGGCUGUGGCCGAGCGCCCAAGUAGCCAACGCGUGGUGGAGCGCUAUCGGAAUACCCGUGGUUUAUGAAGGAUUACCUGUCUCUACAGCUUGGUCCGCCUUGUCGUACGAUCAGAAGCUUCUUCUCGGUGGUGUUAGCGCCUGGGGUAUCCGUCUCUUCUACCGCAUCGCUUCUCGCACCCUCCGACGUGGCGAAGACGACCCUCGCUACCGGACAGCAGCCAGGAAGGAGCCUGACUUCUGGAACAAGGCCUUUUUCACGGUGUUCUUACCCGAGGCUCUCGCCCAGACCAUAAUCACACUGCCGUUCACGCUACCUUUCCGCGCUCCUGUUGCUACUGCUAUCGCGUCUCCUUUCCCCGAAGCGUCGACUGUUGCUCGUGGCCUUGCUAUCUUCCUCUUCACCACGGGAUAUGCUCUGGAAGUUCUAGCUGACACCCAACUCGCAUUCCAUGCCAAUAAAAAGAGCAAUGAGCUCAACCGGGAGGGAGUAUUUAGCAUUGUCCGACGCCCCAACUAUCUCGGUGACGCUCUAGUUCACUUCUCCUUCCCGCUCCUCCUCUUCAGCGCUGGUCAGCUGCACCCGCUAACCCUCCUCGGUCCCAUCGCCAACUACUUGUUCCUGCGUUUCAUCGGAGGGGACAAGGAGAACGAGGAGGACCAGGAGAAACGGUACGCCAAGGAGAACCCGACAAAGUACCAGCAGCUCCAGGAGUACAAGAAGGCCAAGAACAGCUUCUGGCCGAGCCUCGCCGAGGUCGGCAACAAGUGGCUGUGGGCCGUGGCCGCGGUCGGUGUCGGUGGCGUCGUUCUCGAACGAUCGCUGGGUAAUGUCCUUAGGGGUUGAAACGUGUAUUUUAAAACACUACAUUAGGUAGUCGUGUACCAUCACGACUUGUAAAUAAUAUGAACCAGAUUGUCACUGUCUAAA